AGGUGGGGGUGCUAGUGCAGAAGGGGAGGCUGUUCGGUCCCGCAGUGCCGGAGCCAUUAUUCAAGGAAGCCGACAGCUCCGGUGCUCAGUGGGUGAGUGAGGUGGACGCCGCUUUAUUCCAGCAACUCUUCAACUUCCAAUUCCCCUCUCCGAGUCGGCUCCGGGUCUUUGGACAGCUCCGCUUUGGGUUAAGCUUUCUCGGACUCCGGAUCGCUGGGAAGAAGAGAAAAAGGCAGCAAGGUAGAUUAUCACCGCCAGAGCUGAUGUUUCCACGGAAUCUUUCGCCAGGGAAAAGGAUGGGCUCUGACCUAUUGUUAUAAAUCUACUCUUUGAGAGAUGGACUUGGCAGAAGUACUUCUGGUGCUGUUCAUCGCGGUGGUGCUGAUGGUGUCCUUGCUCUCCAACUUGUUGGUGUUAAUAUGCUUCGUCUACAGUUCCGACAUCCGCAAGCAGGUGCCGGGCAUAUUUAUAGUUAACUUGUCUUUCUGCAACCUGCUCAUCACGGUUGUGAACAUGCCAGCGACUGUGCUGGGAGUCGUCAAAAAGCAACAGCCAUUUGGCGAUUGCAUCUGCCAAACCGUUGGAUUUUUGGAAACCUUUCUCGCCACGAACACUAUGCUGAGCAUGGCAGCGUUAAGUAUAGACAAGUGGAUCGCCGUGGUGUUCCCCUUAAGUUAUGUCAGCAAGAUGAGACACAAGGACGCCGUGUUGAUGAUGAGCUACACUUGGCUUCAUUCUCUCUCUUUCCCCGCCGUCGCAAUGUUUUUCACCUGGUUCGGUUUCAAUAACAUUUACGCAUCAUGCACUUUGCACCUACAAGAAGAGACGGCGAGAAGACAGUUCACAAUAUUCACCGUCGUCUUUCACUCCACCAGCUUCAUGCUCUCGCUUGUUAUACUGUGCUUUACAUACCUGAAGGUUUUGAAGGUUGCCCGUUCUCAUUGCAAACGAAUAGACAUUAUCACCAUGCAGACUUUGGUUUUACUGGUAGAUAUCCACCCCAGUGUGAAACAGCGUUGCAUCGCAGAGCAAAAGACCAGAAGACAGCGUGCAACCAAGAAGAUCAGCAUUUUUAUAGGAUCGUUUAUUGUCUGCUUUGGUCCUUAUGUUAUUACCAGGUUGUUAGAGCUAUUGUCCUUCGUGUCUAUGAACUAUCACUGGGGAGUUGUGAGUAAGUGCCUCGCCUACUGCAAAGCAGCUGCCGACCCCUUCGUCUACUCGCUGCUUCGCCAACAGUACAAGAAGGCUCUGGUCAACAUUGUCAACCGGACAUUCAAAAGAGAUUUGUACCCGUCCUCCGGACACAACAGUUCUCUGGAUACCGAGAACGACUACUGCCUGCAGAGAAGCUGAGAGCC